AUAAAAAAAAGGGGCCGAAAAUCGGGGGAUGAAUGUAACAGAGGCGGAAACCACAAGCAGCCCCUGCUUUCGCUCUGCGUCGAAUCCACUCUUACCGACUUCGAAUUCUUCUUCUUCUUCUUCUCGAGACGUCAGGUGCACCAAGACAUGGCAGUUAAACCCACAGUUGCAUUGAGGGCUAUCCUUGUUGGGGGGUUAGCCGCAUUUGCGAAAAUAGGUGGCGUUAUGAAGGCCGCAGGUGGUGUAAAGUUGGGGGCGGCUGCAGCUGCAGUGACGGCUGCCGCAACUGCAGCUGUGAGCUCUAAGCAGGAUCAGAAAGAUGCUCCCCGCCAAUCCUGAAGCCUUUUUAGGCUUCUGCAGCCGGGAGGAGAUGUUUGUAGGAUAAUUAUACUCACCAUUGAGGUUUUCCCUUUUCUUCCGUUUUUGGGGUUUCUCAUGUGAGCUGUUAGAAAAGCUGGUCUUGUCCAGGAUCGAGCCAAAUUUGUACUAAGAUGGUGAGAAAAGUCUGGAAAUAAGAUUUGUUCUGACUUGUACUCCAAAUAGGUUAUUGAAAUAGAAAGCGAUUCUUUUUUAUUC